GCAUCAUGUGGUGAUCUCCACAAGGAUACCAUUUGUAUCUAUCCCUACUGUUGAACGUACCGAACCUAAAUAUGAGAAGAUCCGUCAUGUAUUUCAACGAAUGGCCAGAAAACGACAGAGACAAGAGUUAGAUUCAAACAACCCUAGAGCCGUCGAUAUCAGCAAUAUACUUUCCGAUAUGGGGUUGCAGCAGGUCAAUGCUAACAAUACUGCGAAUACCAACAGAGACCACAACAAAAGAAAGAAGAAGAAAACAAAAUCUAAUACUGCCGUGGGAAAAAGCUCUGGGCUGCCCGAUAUCAGUCUCCGGACUCAAUUGAACUACGCUAGAAAUGGACAUGCCGUUCUGCGAAAUUUCAUCACCGACAACAAAGACAGCUUCUCCUCUGGUUCCAGCAAAAAAAAGAAUAGCAGGCUCUCGAAUCUCCGUGAAGAUAUCUUGGAUCUUGCCAUGGACCAAGAACUGAAGGCGUGGGUCCAAAAAGUGCAAGUUGCAGCUGGAAAAGACAUCGCCGAUUCGUGUCACACCAUUGAUGACUGCAAGAAGGCAUUGCAAGCCAAUGGAGUGACGGCAAACCUACCCUUUCUUCAAUACUUCAAUACCUGGAGGAAACUACCGGCAGUGAAAGAUCUAGCAUUUGAGCUCGGAAAAGCUGCCUCGAUCCUCUUGGAUGUGCCCACGGUUCGUCUGUACCAGGACGCCGUUUUCUGGAAACGAAGCCAAGAUGGGCCAACACCGUGGCACGUAGAUGCCCGUAUGGCUCCCUUUGAUACUUCGCACAUGAUCACGUUUUGGAUCCCACUCCAGGAUGUACCAUCGCCAGAAAAUGGUGGAACGGCUUUGAUAUUCUGCUCGAAAAGUCAUGCCGAUUAUGCAUUACCCUAUUGGAACCCGCUGCCUCAAGCGAACGGCGAUACCAGUGACGAUGACAAUUUGUCUCCCUCCGGUUGGGAUCGCCUUGGCGACCGCUAUCCCAAAAAAGAAAUUGAAUACAUGCCGAUGAGCCUUGGAGACGUAACGGUACAUUCGGGUUGGACACUGCACUGCUCGAACGGAAACGAGUUGGCAGGCUCGAAAGAUCGAGUAGCUCUCGCAAUCACUUUUGUGGAUGGGGCCGCAGAAAUCCGUCCGGAUUGGCAAAGCAUCGGAGACGACGAGGAUCAAUGUAGCUAUCAAGAGUGGUGCAUAAAUGUGAAACCACGAACGAAAUUCACUCAUGAGCUCGUCCCGAUCACCUGGCCUCCGUCGUAAAGAAAAAUUACUAGCUGAGCGAUUUGAAGGCAAUAGGCUUUUUUUUUCUGUUCUAUUGAUUCUAAAUACGAAGUAAUGGAAGGAGUACUGCUCGUUUAGCCAUGAAGCUUGAAAACUUCCAUAUAAGCUACCUUCCUUAAAAAGUUGAUGCUGCGUUGAUCUGUUAGUCAUGCUGGUUCUUUUGACCGAUGUAGAUUGAUGAUGAGUUCGCUAGUGUUGAUUUCUUCUCGUAGCAACUGAGCUGUUAAAUUCAAUUAAAGUAAGAAUUUCAAA